GCCAGGUGUAGGGUACGUUGCGUGGUGGUUGAGCAGUGUUUUGCUUCACCUCCUGAAGUGACAGACGUAAAGGGGGAGAAGUUGUUUUUUUUCUUUUUCUCCAGCUUCGCCUUAUCCUCUGCAUCAUGGAGGCUCAGGCGAAUUUUUCCCGGGAGGAAAUCAACAGCACGGUGUGGGAAGUCCCGGAGAAAUACACACGGCUCAAGCAGAUAGGCACCGGGGCGUACGGCUCCGUGUGCUCAGCAAUAAAUGAAAAGACUAACGAGAAAGUGGCCAUCAAGAAGCUCCACAGACCUUUCCAGUCAGAGAUCUUUGCUAAGAGGGCCUACCGAGAGCUGCGACUUCUCAAACACAUGAAGCAUGAAAAUGUGAUCGGACUUCUUGAUGUGUUUACACCUGCCUCUUGCCUCAAUGACAUGCAGGACUUUUACCUGGUGAUGCCUUACAUGUUUACCGACCUGUCGAAGGUGCGAGGUCAUCUCUCUGAAGACAAGGUCCAGUUUCUCGUCUACCAGAUGCUCUGUGGACUCAGGUACAUUCACAAGGCUGGCAUCAUCCACAGGGAUCUUAAGCCUGGAAACUUGGCUGUAAACCAGGACUGUGAACUGAAGAUCCUGGACUUCGGGCUGGCUCGCAGUACUGACGCUGAGAUGACGGGCUACGUGGUGACCCGUUGGUACAGGGCGCCUGAGGUCAUUCUGAACUGGAUGCACUACACGCAGACUGUGGACAUCUGGUCUGUGGGCUGUAUCAUGGCAGAAAUGAUCAACGGAAAAACCCUCUUCAAAGGAAAGGACUACAUGGACCAGCUGACACAGAUCAUGAAAGUGACUGGAGUACCCGGACCAGAGUUUGUACAGAAAUUGGACACGCAAGAGGCCAAAAAUUAUAUCAAAGCCCUUCCUCGCUACCCAAGAAAAGACUUCUCAACAUUGUUCCCCAGAGCCAGUGCAAAGGGUAUCGACCUGCUGGAGAAGAUGUUGGUUCUGGACGGAGAUGAGAGGCCCACAGCCGAACUAGCUCUGGAGCACCCAUAUUUUGACAUCCUGAGGGACCCAGAUGACUUUCCCGAGCCUACGCCAUACGAUGACAGCCAUGAUAAUGCCACAAUGACCCUGGAUGAGUGGAAACGAUUAUGUUUCAGAGAGGUGAAAAGCUUUGUGCCGUUCCCUCGGCGGGACUCCAAGAGGAAAAACACCCUGACCAUGUCUCCAUGACCCGACGAAUGUCUUGCAACUACUGAUGCCCUCACACAUACAGCCACUGGUGCCCUUGUAUAUUCCAACCAUGGAUUCACUAUAUUUCUUUUACACUCUGGAUAUGUUUAGAUAUUGAAUCAGUGUUCAGAGAGUAAAAACUGACACACCUGUUUUUUUUUUGUUUUGUUUGUUUUUUGUUUUGUUUUUGGUCAUGUGCAAUUGUUUAUUGUGUGUAUAUUGCUCUUCAUGUUACACAUUCCCUAUCAGUGGAUUGUCUUGCAAAUUUAGUGUGACCGAAUGUCACAGGGUUUACUGUAAGAUUUACUGUGAUAAUGUUUUCCAAUUAAACAAUAAGACAAGA